AUGGACGCCCGCUUCGACGCAUUUUGUUCCAGCCUAGCCUUGUCGGCCCCACAGGUUCAGUGUCUCAAAGAUGAAAUUGCCGAGUCUGCAAUCGGGUCACACUCGGACGGGUCCGGUCUGGAGCAGGCCUGCCGCGCUGCCGAGAUAGCCCUAGGCCAUGACCGCGUCGACACCUCGCCCUUGAACAAUACCGUGGUUCACGAGAACUGGUCCCAAGCAUGCGUUGCCAGCCCCUAUUGUAUCAUCCAACCGGCAAACGCCGCCGACGUAUCAAAAGCCCUCAAAAUUUUCCGGCACUUUGACAUCAACUUCGCCGUCCGCAGCGGGGGCCACUCGCCUAACCCAGGCGCGUCCAGUAUCGAUGCAAACGGCAUCUUGCUGGACCUGCAGCAUAUGAAUGCCAUCAGUCUGAGCCAGGACAAAAGUAUCGCCAGCCUUGGGCCCGGGGGUCGGUGGGGUGAUGUCAUGGAAACUCUCACUCCUCAAGGAGUUGAUGUCGUGGGAGGCCGGAUUCCUGUUGUGGGUGUUUCGGGGCUGAUACUGGGUGGCGGCCUACAUCAUCUCAUGGCGGAGCUGGGAACCGCAGCAGACAACGUUGACAGCUUCGAGGUUGUUUUAGCUGAUGGCACUGUGGUCAAUGCCAACACAAAGGAAAACAACGACUUGUUCUGGGCCCUCAAGGGAGGCGGGCCAAACUUUGGCGUCGUAACACGAUUCGAUGUCUAUACAAUUCCAGCUCGAAAGAUAUGGUACGAAAUAAGAGUCUACUCGGUAGAUGAUCUUGCUACUGUCUUGGAUGCCCACGUCACCUGGCAGAAUAGUGGCGCAAGUGACAUCAAGUCCACCGCAAGCCUGAUUAUGACUCCCGAUGCCAUCACCGUCAUCCUCCAGUACUCGGCACCUGUCGAAAGACCGGAAGCUUUCGCUCCAUUCUACAACUUGGAGCCGCUCCAGAUCGCUGUGCCGUCGACCAUUGGAACGUUUCAGUCAUUGGCCACAAUCCUCGGGAGUGUGUCCUCCAACCAACCCAUGCGGCAUGACUACCGUGCAACUAGUUCACGCAUUGACGCACGGUUGUACGAGGACGUGUACAGAUUUUGGCAAACUAGGGCACUAGCGGUGCGAGAUGAGACGGGGGCAAAUCAGACCUUCGUCAUCCAGCCAGUCAUCCCCAAUGUGGCUAAGCAGGGGGUGGCCAGGGGAGGUAACUCUAUGGGUAUCCCAACGGAGAAUCAUAUCUGGUGGACAACACUUGUUGACUGGACUGACCCCAAAGACGACGAAAAGGUGCGUUCGGUCUCUAUCGAGACCACAGAGCAGUGGAAAAAGCUUGGACAGGAGCGCGGCUUGCAUAUACCGUUCCUGUACAUGAACGAUGCCUCGCGGGAUCAGAACCCGCUCGCUACCUAUGGGGCCGAGAACAUUGCGAGAUUGAAGGAGAUCUCGCUCAAGUAUGACCCCACGCAGCUCUUCCAGAAACGCCAGAAUGGCGGUUUCCUUUUGUCCAGAAUCUAGUGUAGCCCCUUAAUCUGGCGAAACUGCCAGGUUUUAGAGAUUUUUAUUUUUGUUUAUAUAUGACUGUUGCCAUCGAGCCAUUAUGAGAAUCUGAGGUCAGACCGCGUUAUACCUCAGAGUUCAUCUCAUCCUAUAACCCCCCAGUACUAACGACUUCCAGGGUCCGUAUUGCUUAUCCCAGCAUGGGUCGCCGGUCG